GCUCUGCUGGGACCCUGCUCUCGGCCCCGCUGCCUUCCCCAGGGACCAGCUGGGGGUUCCUGGGAUUCGGCCCCACCGUGGGCACCCCUCUAGGAGACCCCUCCCCAGGGCUGCCCCGUUCCAGCUCGAGGGUGGGUCCUGCUGAGAACCCUCCAUCCUUGGGGGGGACCCAGGUGGGAGUGGGCAGCCUGGCACCCCCCUCAGCACCUGGGCCUCCCCAGCAGCCAGCUUUGUCCCAGUCUUCACCUUCCCUAGGACCAACCACUGCUGUUGGUGUCACCACCACCCAUGUCACUGCCACCAUCACAGCUGCCACCAGCCCAGAAAGGCUCGGGGACAUGGGCGCAGUCACAGCAGGGCCCCGUGCUGCUGUACUGCAGAGGGAUGGGCAGGGGGUGACAUGGGGAUCCCCGACUCAUGUGCCCGCUGUGAUGCCCGGGCCCCCCCAGCAGCCCACAGAUUCCCCAGGUGGGGGCCCCGGGUCCCCCCCAGCUGCUGUGGACACAGACCUGGUCCAGCCAUCGAGCAGCCCCAGAGGGAGGACAGACACCGACACCGCCCGGGUGACGCUGGCUGGGGUGGGCAGGGCCCCCCAGGUGUUCAUCGUGGAAGAUCAGCCCCCGCUCCUGAGAGCGUCCCUCCUGCGCGUCCCCUGUGAGCUGGUGCUGGACAUGGCCUUCGUCCCGGCCCUGCAGGACCCCGGGUCCCGGGAGCGCCAGGAGCUGCUGCACAGCUUCAACCGGACGGUCACUCCCCUGUUCACGGCGGUGCCUGGCUUCCUGCGGCUGGAGGUGACAGCCAUCAGGGCGGGCAGCGUGGUGCUGCGCUACGACGCGCUGUUUGCGGCGGAGCAGCUGCCGCUGCCGGGGCUGGACGAGCUCCUGGAGGCCGCGCUGGGCUCUGCCCGUGCCCGGCCGGGGCUGGCGGUGGGCACGGCCCCCGUCCUGCGGCACAUGGCUCUGGCGCGGCCGCUGGACCCCUGCGCUCUGCUCUUCGCCUGCCCCUCCGGCUUCGCCUGCGUGCCCGGGGCGGACGGGAACGCGACCUGCACCUCCCUCUGCCACCGUGCCUACUGCAAGAACCACGGCAUCUGCUCCCACGCCCGCGACCACCAGCCCCACUGCCAGUGA